CUCAAUGUUCACCUACUCACAAGAUGAAAUUUAUCUCCUUUCUUACUCAUCUAAGUUGAUGAUACUCUCACAACAGGAGUACUGUUGGUGCACUUCAGUAUCUAACUCUUACCAGACCAGAUAUCUCUUAUUCAGUGAACCAAGUUUGCAAGUUCGUGCUACAUUGGACUGCUGUCAAAAGGAUACUGUGUCACUUGAAAUUUUCUAUUCAUCAUGGCCUGAAGUAUCAACCUGGCUCUUUGUUCAUAAUUAUUCAGAUGCUGAUUACGCGGGAGAUCCCGACAAUAGACAAUCCACAGGUGGCUACUGUGUUUACUUGGAACCUAAUCCGCUAAUCUUAUUUCAUGGAGCUCCAAAACUCAUCACACCGUUUCUCAAUCCAGUGCUGAGACAGAAUACCGGCAAUUGGCAUUCACCGCAGCUGAAAUUUCAUGGCUUUGUUCCAUGUUCUGUGACCUAAACCUAUUUCUUCAAUGUCCACGAAUCUGGUGUGACAAUCUCUCCAUUGGCAUUGCAUCCAGUCCUGUCUUCCAUGCUCAAACCAAGCAUGUCGAAGUAGACUAUCAUUAUGUCAUGGAGAAGGUUGUCAAUAAGGAAUUAAGGAGUUAGGUUCUCUUUGUCUCCACCACUGACCAAAUAGCUGACAUUUUCACAAAAGGAUUAUCCUCCUCUCGGUUUCACUUUCUUGUCUCCAAGCUGCCUGUUCUUCCAUGGCCACACAGCUCGCGGGGGAAUGAUAAACCAAACCAACCAACAGCAACUGAAGAUAAGAGUUCAGUAACAGAUUAACAGACAUGUGAAAAACCUCAGUCUCUACUGGUUUCUAAUAUUGUAUCAUCU